CUCAAAUAUGUUAACUGAAACUUAAGUUUAUCAUUUUGAAUCCUGCGAACUUCGCUCUGCAGCCCUGAACUCCCUGAGAUCCGGGAGCCGCUUUAAUUCUCCAUCGUUAACUUCUCGCAUGUUGCAUCUGCAGCGGUGAACUCUCUGUACCCACAAUGCAAAGCUAUGCUAACUGUAGCACGGCAGCUCCACUGUGAGCAAAAACAACAACAGGCUACUCUGAGCAGGAGGCAGCUGCAUGGAUAACGACCACAGCGACGACCGGGAUCUCGCACAUGCACUCAUUUCUUCUUAAACCAAAAUGAACCAUAGCCUUAUAAUCAGCGGCGGCGGCGGCGGUGCCAUGAACAGUGGACUCCCAGUUUCAGCUGCUCCGCUCGGGGGUGUCGGGAUACCCAAUGUCAAGGUGAAGUUCUGCCGAUACUAUGCGAAAGACAAGACGUGCUUUUACGGAGAAGAGUGUCAGUUCCUACACGAAGAUCCGUCCAUGACAAGCCUGCCGCUUCACGGUGGCGGUAGCCCUGUCCCGUUGUCUAUGGCCGGGGGUGGCGGGACGCCAGCUGGGUAUCCCCUCGGUGGUUCCGCGGCGGCCUGCCCGGGUGUCGGGGGGGCCGGAGUGUCCAAGAAGAGCGAAACCUUGGGGCCUGCAGUCACGUCGCUGGAGGGACAGAUGCUAACCAUCCCAGGGAUGGAGGGCGCAAACCUGAGCGAUGCCAGUCUCACCAACUCUUACUUCAGCAGCAGCUUCAUUGGGGUCAAUGGGUUUGGAAGCCCAGCAGAGUCUAAAUACUCCAUGAUGCAGCGAAUGACUACCAGCAGCAGCUCCCCCAGUCUCCUCAAUGACGGUGCCAAGAACUUCAGCCACAGCACUCACGAUCCAGUGAAUUCUCCGACAUCCUCACUCUUCAGUGACUUUGGUGCUCUCAGCAUUUCUCAAAGGAGAAAGGCUCCUAACCCAACAGCGAGUGAGUUCAUCCCUAAGGGAGCUCCACGUAUGGCCGCCAUGCCACAGGCCACUGUCCAGGCCUUCCCCUCACCUGUCUUUCCACAUCCCAGUCUCAGCAGUUCCACAGCUGCUGCACUGGCUCCAGGCAUGUCCUUGUCUGCCGGCUCUUCUCCUCUUCACUCCCCGAAAAUAACGCCGCACACCUCACCCGCCCCUCGUCGGCGCAGUCAUACCCCAAACCCUGCAAACUACAUGGGGCCCAACACUGCAGCGGACCAGGGCGCUCACAUUAUCCAGAAGGAAACUGUAGGGGGGACCACCUACUUCUACACAGACAACACCCCAGCACCGAUGGCGGGGAUGGUGUUUCCUACGUACCAUAUCUACCCCCCCACUGCACCCCAUGUGGCUUACAUGCAGCCGAAAGCGAAUGCCCCGUCCUUCUUUAUGGCUGAUGAACUUCGACAGGAGUUAAUAAACAGACAUCUGAUAACCAUGGCCCAGAUUGACCAUUCAGAAAACCCAGAUGUACCGUCUGAAGUGGACAGCUACCACAGCCUGUUUCCCAUCGAGGCCCUCCCCCCACCAAACCGCAUGCAGAAGACCAGCAACUUCAGCUACAUCACCUCCUGCUACAAGGCCGUCAACAGCAAGGAUGACCUGCCUUACUGCCUAAGGAGGAUACAUGGUUUCCGCCUCGCUAACACCAAGUGCAUGAUGCUGGUCGACAUGUGGAAGAAGAUCCAGCACUCAAACUCUGUAACGCUGAGGGAGGUCUUCACCACCAAGGCCUUUGGAGACCACUCGUUGGUGUUCUCUUAUGACUUCCACGCGGGUGCAGAAACCAUGUUCGGCAGACACUUCAAUGACCCAGCAGCGGACUCGUACUUCACUAAGAGGAAGUGGGGACAACAUGAGCCUCCUCCACCACGGCAGCACGCAGGUCUGCUCCCAGAGUCUCUGAUCUGGGCCUACAUUGUUCAGCUCAGCUCGGCCCUGCGCACCAUCCACACCGCGGGCCUGGCCUGUCGUGUCAUGGACCCCAGCAAGAUUCUCAUCACUGGCAAGACCAGGUUACGGGUGAACUGUGUUGGAGUGUUUGAUGUCUUAACAUUUGACAGCAGUCAGACCAAUCAUCUUGCCCUAAUGCCACAGUACCAGCAAGCAGACCUAGUGUCACUGGGCAAGGUGGUGCUGGCGUUGGCAUGUAACUCCCUGGCUGGCAUUCAAAGAGAGAACCUGCAGAAGGCCAUGGAGCUGGUGUCUAUCAACUACUCUUCAGACCUCAAGAACCUCAUUCUGUAUCUGCUGACAGAACAGUCUCGCAUGCGCAGCGUCAAUGACAUAAUGCCGAUGAUCGGAGCCCGAUUCUACACACAGCUAGAUGCAUCGCAGAUGAGGAACGAUGUGAUCGAGGAGGACCUGGCCAAGGAGGUACAAAACGGCCGUCUCUUCCGUCUGUUGGCCAAACUGGGCACCAUCAAUGAGCGUCCAGAGUUUCAGAAGGACCCAUCGUGGUCAGAGACGGGGGACCGCUACCUGUUGAAGCUUUUGCGGGAUCACUUGUUUCACCAGGUGACAGAAGCUGGGACGCCCUGGAUCGACCUCAGCCACAUCGUCUCCUGCCUCAACAAACUGGAUGCUGGUGUUCCUGAGAAGAUCAGUCUUGUGUCUCGGGAUGAGAAAAGCAUCCUGGUUGUGACCUACUCGGACCUGAAGCGCUGCUUUGACAGCACCUUCCAGGAGCUGCAGGCCGCAGCCUCUGGCUCUCUGUAGCGCCCUCUUUGGGCCCGGGGUGUGUCUGCCCCGACCUGGAGCACACUAUUGCACUACAGCGGAGGACCAGGCUUAAAAAGAUGACAUCAGCAUGGCGAAGGCAGCGGGGCAGGGCUUCCUGAACCUCAGUCACAUACACUGACCCUGUCCACCAGGAUGGCUUUUUCUAACGUGUAUUUUUUUUAGUUUUCCUAAACCCUGCAGCUGAAAAUCGAGAUACAAAAGGAAAAACAGAAAAAGGACAAAUACGGAAACUGUGACAAACGAGUAUGAUGACAUUUUUUUUAGAUUUGGGGAACAAAACGAGAAACAAACCACGAGGUUUCGAACUUCUUUCCUGCUUUUAUUGUUUAUUUCUACAGUUGGGGUUUAUUUUUCUGAGGAGGAUGCACUAAGAUUUUAAUUUUUUGGUUAAUUUUUUUUUUAUUUUUAUGAAGUGUGUGAGUGGCCUACAAGGUGUACAGAGAGAGCUUAAGUCACACACAGACAUAAAAACCAGAGCAGACUCCCAAUUCGAACAACAACGAAAUAAUCCAGCUUUUUAAUGACUGCAUCUCUCUUCCGGCUGGAGACCACAACCCUUCAUUCUGACGCACAAGGAGACGGGACGCACCACUCAAAGCUUUCAUGGGGGCAUCUGUUUAAUGGAAUGGGUACAGCCCACCUUUUGCCUUGGUUGUUGGUUCCCCCUCAGAAAGGACAAACCACUUGGGUGGGAGGGAAGGGUUCUUAAAACUGGAAAUAAAUAGGUGGAUUUCUGACAUUUUAGUUCAGCAGAUGUGGAAUAUCAGGCGCAUAUGUGUGGGAGGGUGGGCUAGCAUAGACUGGGAUUUGGGUUUCAUGAGGUGAAACGUGGUUUCUGUUGGCAUUGAGGAAGGGGUGUCUUCUCCUGAUAACGUCUACCAAGUGUUUGUUACAUAUGCAGCAACCAACUUUUGUUUAAUGGACACCAUGACAUGAACUGCUGAAUGAUGGAAUAUUUUUGUUUGGCUGUCCAGCACUUGGGUGUAGACUGUGGGUGGGGCUUCUGUUGAGGUGGAGCCACAGCUGCCUCUUUGUGGAAUGUCCUUAUUUUGUCCCUCACCCCUCCGCCUGCCCUCAUCAUCCCUUUACCUACUCCCCCUCUCUUCUGUCCCAAACUCUGUUUCCCCCCGGGGGGGUUAGGGCCCUCUGCUUUUGAAAACAAAAGUGACGCUUUUUGUGAAUAUUCUAGCCCUUUUUUUCUCUGCUGUUGUGCAGGGAUGCAUGAUGGGAAAUGGGAGGGCAAUUCAAUCUUUGCCUCAAUUCAACUUUUAUUAUUCUGUGGACCAAUUCCAGAAGGGGUUUAGGAUAAAGGGCAAAGGCUGGAGGGCGAAGGUUUGUUUUAGUUGACUUUUUUUUAAGAUCAUGAAACGUGCUGGAGACAAAGCAGUGGUGCUGUCUGUGCCACUCACUCGAAUGGCUUGGAUUUCUCUCAGGAUGACAAACAGCUGGAGGGGCCCAAUGAUUGAAUGUGUUUUGCUGUCAUUGGCUGCCCCCUGUCCAGUCAGAUAGAUGAGCUACAGUGGAGUGGGUGGGAUGUCUUCAGAUGGCGGUUUUAGGAAGUUUACGGCGUGGAGAGACGUAGAGAUCAGGCAACGCAGGAUUUCAUGUUGCCCUAAAGCACAGUUCAUCAUUAAUCGGAGUCAAAAUUGGUUUAAUGAAUUUGGUGCAAACCCACUUUUACCUAGAAAAAUCGAACCCAAGCUGUGUCAAAUCGCCGUGAUUGAUGCCUUCGUCUUUUCUCAGUAGCUGUUGAAUGUGUACAAACAUGAGACUGCAGAACAAUAGGGGUCGGACGUCAGAUACGGGACAAAUCAAGGUGACGGCGAAAUCGAGCACAGCGUGUUGGCUGCAUUCGGUUUCACGUCAACUCUUCAAAGUUGUAUCUGAUGUCAACGGUCUCAGUUCUUGAGGGCAACAAACGUGCAGGGAGCCAGCUGUGGUAGGUCAUGUACUACUUCCUCUGUUAUAGUGAAAUGAACAGACAAAAACAUACCUGGUGAAUGUGGUGCUUUUAGAAAAUCCUCAAUACACACACACACACACACACACACAAUCCUCCAGGACUCGGCCUACACAACGUCAGUGCUCAUAUCACUCUCCUCCACAUAGUAACACAUACACACUGCAGUUAAUAUUAGUGACAACGUUCUCCUCCACCACAUCAACAAACCUACAAUCACCAUCUUAGUAUGUUUUAAGCCCCUCUUGUGUUCAUUGUCUCAAAUUUUGCAAUAUUUGUGUGUACAGCAGUAUUUUAAUAAAGAAUACCAAAAUGGAUUACAUGA